AUGACAAGCAAUCUAGAAUGUGGAAUAUGUGCAUAUGAUGAUAAUAUUACUUAUGUAGCUAUUAGCCCAGAUGGUUCUAUAGCAGCAACGUUUAAUCCAUAUGACUCUUCUAUAUCAAUUAAAAAUGUGGAAACAAAUAAAGAAGCGUUAAUUUCUUUCGAUAGAAAUAAUUUCCUUGAUAAGGAAUCCUCCAAUAAUAAUGUAUGGUUUUUAAAUACUUUUAAUAACUACUAUAUUCGUCUUAAAAACAAGAAACAACCUGAGAAUAUUAUUGGUUGGUCUCUAGCAGUGUCAGAUAUCAUUAAUAUCACAAAUGGUACCUGCUUGGUUGCAAUUUCUUGUAUAACUGACAAGGAUACAAAUCCAAAAGAAAUUACAGAAAUUGAAAAAGAUAGUUCUCGAAGAGUAUAUCUUAGAAUUUAUCUCAUUCUGAAAACACGUGGAGAUUCUCGAAUCCUUUUAAUCAUAUUACUGCUUGCACUUUAUUGUUUAUUCAUUCAAACUUUUACAUAUAUGUACACUCUUAUUUUAAGUAUUGCGGUAUUUAUUAGCAUUCUUGUUUUCAUCCUUUUCUUGCCUGAGUUAUUCUACUCUUCUAAAAUUUUAGAAGAAGAUAUUGAACAAGAUCGAUUAUCUCGGGCUUCUAGUGAGGGAGUAAUAAAGAUUUUUAAGACUUCAUUCAAAAAUAAUAAUGAUGAUGGAAAUACUUCAAUUAAUAAUUGUGGUGGAGUUGUUACCUUUUUAAAAAGAUCUGAUACCAGUGUAAUACUUGUUUGUACUAAUAGUAUUAAGAUAAAGAAGUUUAGGAUAAAAUUAAACAAAAAUAUUUCCAUCUCUAAAGGUGAUACUUAUUUAUUACCUGAAAAUUUAUUUAAAAUAUUUUAUAACACUAAGAAUGCUAAAGAUAAAAUUAAGAAUGCUAAAAUCAAUUGGAAAUAUCUCUCGAAAUCCAUGUAUCAAGAAUUUUUGAUGAUUAACACAAUCGAUCAUCAAAAAAUGAAUAUUGAAAUAUAUAAUGUUAGUACUUUGCAGUUAGUAAAUGUUUUUUACAAAGAUGAUUUCUUAAUUUCAAAUGUUAACGAACCUGGAAUUUUUGCCGUAUCAAUAAAUUCAAGAUUAUUUGCUUUUUCUUAUGGAGAUAAUGCCAUUACAAUUUACUUAAUGGAAAGUGGCCUUGAAAUUGUUUCAAAAAGAUUUAAUGAUAUUCGUGAAAUUAAAUUUCUAAAAUUUAUUGAAGAAGAAAAAAAAUUGUUAAUUAUUGAAAAAUACGAGAAAGACAAUGUGAAAUUUACGAAAUUUCAUAUUUGGAUUAUAUCAGGAUGUUUAAAUGAUUAUUUUUCUAUUUCCAAUGAUACUUUAAAAUACGAAGAAUAUUAUCAUAUUACAACAAAAGCAGAUGGAAAAAUAGUUUUUCAUAAUCAUAAUAAUCAAGUUGAAAUAACUACUAUAAAAAGCGAAAAAAAUGACAUGUCGACUGAUGAACAUGAUGGACAUAGUUAUAAUUCACAUGAUCUAGAACCAUGGAAUAAUAGUAUAGAAACUAUUCGUGGUGGAUUUCUUAAUAAUGACAGAAGAUUUCCCGUUAUAACUGGUCAAAAUAGUAUUCAAGUAUGGAAACUAAUAUCCCGAGAUUUUGAAAAUUUUGAAGAAUUUAAAAAUUUUGAGAAUUCGAAACUUGUAUAUAUUUUUAUAAGUGGCAAUAUCAAACCAGAAAAAGUAACUAAAUUUCCUGAUAUGAAUACUGUUAUAACUCACGCAUGUAAAUCACUUGCUUAUCUGUACAAGCAUGUAAAGAGUAAUAAUUCUAAAGAAAUACUUCAACAGUUUGUUAAUGGAAUCACAGAUAUUAUCAAAGACUUUAUUAAAGGAAAUCCUGAUAAUUGGAAACUCAUGGAAGUUCAAUAUCCUUUAAUGGCAUAUCUAAUUUAUUCACGUUCAAUUUCUUUAAUAAAAUACAUCUUAUUUGAUGCAAAUGGUCAAACUAGAUCUCAAAAAAAAAAUAUCGGGAUGUUACACAGACCACAAAAAAGAUAUGAUUCUUAUCCAUACAUUAAUGAUUUAAAAUUAUAUGAUGAUUUUAAAUUUGAACAAGAUUAUAUGAAAGAUGAUGAUUCGAAACCAACUAAUGAUUUGGAAUUAGCUUUGAAAUUAAAAGAUGAACCAGCUUAUGGUGAAUUAGCUUUGGAAUUUCGACAAGGUCGAGAUGCUAUUAUUCUAGCAUACCUAUUGGAAUAUUAUUCUGAAAAUUCUAUGACUCAUAUUGGUUGGAUGAUUAACGUAACAAAAAUACUUCCAAAAUUGCUUAAUGAUGAUUAUUAUGCUAGUUAUAUAAAUUUAUUGCUUCAUAAGCCUUGUUUUGGAGAAAUGAAGUAUAAUUUUCCAAUUAAAAGAUUCCGAGCGUUAUCAUAUGGAUAUGAUACACUAGAAGUAUAUGCGCCACUUAUUAAUUUAAUAUCACCAAAUUCUUUAGAUAUUUUGCGAUAUAAAAAAUUGAAAGAUGUUAUAUCACCCGAUAUUUAUAUGGUUCCACUUCCAAAUUUCACAACUCAUAAAAUUGAAAAAUUUGAGAAAAGUAGUUUUUACGAAGAAUAUGAGAAGAUUAUACAUUUCUUUAGAAAUAUGUUUAUUCCACCUUGUUAUAACAAUAUAGAUGAUAAAAAGCUUAGUUCAUUUCUUCAAAUUAAAAAGAAUGAAAGAGCAUUUUUUAAUAUUCCAGCUAUGGAAGCAGCUAUAAAUUCAAGAUGGGAUCAAACAAAAGUGCAUUGGAAAGUAAAAGUAUUUAAUAAAGCUGAUGGAAUUAGUGAAGAACUUAUUACUAUAUUAACAACGGUAACUACAUUAAUACUUUGGAUUGAAAUGCUUUUAUUAUUUCGAUUAUUUUCAGUAAUAGCAAUAAAUGUAUUUAUUUUUGGAAAUAUUUUAAAAAAGAUUAUACCAUUCUUUGCAUUUAUGUUCAUUUUUAUAAUUGGUUUCGGGCAUUCAAUAUUUGUUCUUUUUAUGAAUCCCUUAUUUCAUGAUAGAAAUCAAGAUAAUCCUUUUGAUACAAUAUGGGAUGCUAUACUUUCUGCGUACUAUAUGAGUUCAGUUGAUUUGAAUAUUUAUAAUUAUUGGCCGUUAAAGUUAUUUGCUUUUAUUGCAAAUGUUAUUAUAGUUCUUAUUUUACUUAAUAUGAUUAUUGCGUUAAUGAAUGACACAUUUAAUAAAGCUAAGGAAGAUGGUAAUCUUGGACUUUUGAUGUAUAGAGCAGAACUUAUUGAUGAUUUUGAAAGACUUGACGGUCCCUCAUUAUAUAAUUCACCAUAUAUAUGUUUUCGUCAAGAUCCUGAAUUGAUGAAAAAAUGGAUAAGUAAAUCUCAAGAAAUUAAAGAAACAAAAUUAUAUUCAUGGUUUAAUGAGAGUAUCGAUAAAAAUAAGAUAAAUUAUGAUAAUGAUGAUAUUGGUGAAAAACUUACACCAAGUAAUGAAUAUCAAGUCUUAGUCUCUUCAUCUAUAGUUGCUAGUUCAUAUGCCCCUGACCAAUUUGGAUCAUAGUUAUUUUAUUUAUUUAUUUUUACUUUUUAUUUACUUUCUUGUGAUUUCUUAAAUGUCACUU